GCGGGCCGGCCCCAGCCCUUGCUGCUUAAUGCCCCUCUCCUCCCCGCGGGGAGCCGGGCUCGGCCCGGUGCUGAGGCGUGAAGCGCUCGGCUUGUCCUCGCCGAGCUCGCCCUUCUCUUCCUCAUCUUCCUCUUUCUCCUCUUCCUCUCGGGACUGGCGUGGGCGCAGCGCUCGGUCCCUUAACGCCGGGCCCGGCCGGCGAGGUUUGCCCCAUCAGGGCCGGGCCGCGGUCGCGGCGGCGGCGCCCGGCAGGGCGCUGGAGCCGCCGCGCGGAGCCCCCGGCCCGCCUCGGGCAGUCGCUGGGCUUGAGGGGCCACAGCCCUGGAUGCGCCAUGUCCCGGUGGCCCCGCACGCCCCCGGGGGGAGCCGCUGUUAACGGCACGGCUCCUAGUGAGCCUUUUUUUUUUUUUUUAUUCCUUGUUAAAAAAACCCUCUUUCUAAUAACAAAAGACCUACAACGAUCAAAAGUUACUAUCUGAGACUUAAUUGAUAUCCGGUAGCUGUAUUGAACAAUAUUCAUGCAUGUUAUCCUGUGUAUUCUCAGAAAUGUAUGAAGUUAGAUCUAAAUAAAUAGACUUUUCUCUUGGUUUAGUCAAUGAAAUAUUUUCUUCCCCCGUUCAGAUUAGUUCUUUUGGAGAUUAUACAGUUGGAGAGGAAAAUGACAUCGAUUAUCAAGUUAACUACGCUUUCAGGGGUGCAGGAGGAAUCUGCCCUUUGCUAUCUGUUACAAGUAGAUGAAUUUCGUUUUCUUUUGGACUGUGGCUGGGAUGAAAACUUUUCUAUGGAUAUUAUUGAUUCUCUGAGGAAACACGUACACCAGGUUGAUGCUGUUCUUCUUUCUCAUCCUGACCCUCUACACCUUGGUGCUCUUCCAUAUGCAGUUGGAAAAAUGGGGUUGAAUUGUGCAAUUUAUGCAACUAUUCCUGUAUAUAAAAUGGGACAGAUGUUUAUGUAUGAUCUCUACCAGUCCCGCCAUAAUACUGAAGAUUUCACACUCUUUACAUUGGAUGAUGUAGAUGCAGCCUUUGAUAAGAUACAACAGCUGAAGUUUUCUCAGAUUGUGAACUUGAAAGGCAAAGGACAUGGUUUGUCAAUCACACCAUUGCCAGCUGGCCACAUGAUAGGAGGCACAAUUUGGAAGAUUGUCAAGGAUGGAGAGGAAGAAAUUGUUUAUGCAGUUGAUUUCAACCACAAGAGGGAGAUCCAUCUGAAUGGAUGUUCCUUGGAAAUGUUGAGCAGGCCUUCAUUGCUUAUUACAGAUUCAUUUAAUGCUACUUACGUACAACCCAGGAGGAAGCAAAGAGAUGAACAGCUACUAACUAAUGUUUUGGAGACAUUACGAGGUGAUGGAAACGUAUUAAUAGCCGUGGAUACAGCAGGCAGAGUUCUGGAACUUGCUCAACUUCUUGAUCAGAUCUGGAGAACGAAAGAUGCAGGAUUAGGAGUCUACUCUCUAGCACUUUUGAAUAACGUCAGCUACAAUGUAGUGGAGUUCUCCAAAUCACAGGUUGAAUGGAUGAGCGACAAGUUGAUGAGGUGCUUUGAAGACAAGAGAAACAAUCCUUUUCAGUUCCGCCAUCUCUCCUUAUGUCAUAGUCUGUCUGAUCUGGCUCGAGUGCCUAGUCCAAAAGUGGUUCUUGCCAGUCAACCUGACCUAGAGUGUGGGUUUUCUAGAGAUCUUUUCAUUCAGUGGUGCCAGGAUUCCAAAAACUCUAUAAUUUUAACUUACCGCACUACACCUGGAACACUAGCACGAUUCCUGAUUGAUAAUCCUUCUGAAAAAGUUAUAGAUAUUGAGUUGAGAAAACGUGUCAAGUUGGAAGGAAAAGAGCUUGAAGAAUACCUAGAAAAGGAGAAACUGAAGAAAGAAGCAGCGAAGAAGUUAGAACAGUCUAAAGAGGCAGAUAUCGAUUCCAGUGAUGAGAGUGAUGCUGAAGAGGAUAUUGAUCAGCCAACUGUACAUAAGACCAAACACGAUUUGAUGAUGAAAGGUGAAGGUAGCCGGAAAGGAAGCUUCUUCAAACAGGCAAAGAAAUCUUACCCAAUGUUUCCAGCCCCUGAAGAAAGAAUUAAAUGGGAUGAAUAUGGCGAGAUUAUCAAACCUGAGGAUUUUCUAGUUCCAGAACUUCAAGCAACAGAAGAAGAAAAAAGCAAAUUAGAAUCUGGUUUGACAAAUGGAGAAGAGCCUAUGGACCAGGAUUUGUCGGAUGUUCCUACCAAAUGUAUUUCUGCAACAGAAUCCAUGGAAAUUAAAGCCAGAGUUACAUACAUUGACUAUGAAGGACGCUCAGAUGGGGACUCAAUUAAAAAAAUUAUUAACCAAAUGAAACCAAGACAACUGAUCAUUGUCCACGGACCACCUGAGGCCAGUCAGGACCUUGCAGAAUGUUGCAGAGCUUUUGGUGGAAAAGAUAUUAAAGUUUACAUGCCAAAACUGCAUGAAACUGUAGAUGCAACCAGUGAAACUCACAUUUACCAGGUCAGGUUAAAAGAUUCUCUUGUUAGCUCCCUUCAGUUCUGUAAAGCCAAGGAUGCUGAGUUGGCUUGGAUAGAUGGUGUUCUGGACAUGCGGGUUUCGAAAGUGGAUACUGGAGUUAUUUUGGAAGAGGGAGAGCUGAGGGAAGAUGAAGACUUAGAGAUGCAAGUAGAUAUGCCUUCUUCAGACUCUAGUGUCAUUGCACAACAGAAGGCCAUGAAAAGCCUCUUCGGUGAUGAUGACAAGGAGAUGUGUGAGGAGAGUGAGAUCAUUCCUACUUUGGAACCUCUGCCACCUCAUGAGGUUCUUGGACAUCAGUCUGUGUUUAUGAAUGAGCCAAGACUGUCUGACUUCAAGCAAGUUCUCCUGCGAGAAGGAAUACAAGCAGAAUUUGUAGGAGGAGUGCUUGUGUGCAACAAUCUGGUGGCUGUUCGCAGGACUGAAACGGGGCGCAUUGGAUUGGAAGGUUGUCUCUGUCAGGACUUCUAUAGGAUAAGAGACCUUUUAUAUGAGCAAUAUGCUAUUGUCUAAGGAAAGUGCUGCAAAGAUGUUUUUACUUGAACUUUUAAAGACAGUGGGGAUUUCUCCCAAUUUUGACUUUUUGUAGUUUUCUAAUUUAUAUGGGGGAAACCUAAUUCAUAAAGAAUAAUUAACUAUCCUGAACAUGUAAAUAACUGCUACUGUCAUUCUUCAUAAAUCUGUUGGUACAUUCCAUGUUGUUGAUUUUCAGACUGUUAUGACUUGCUGUCUCCCACAUAACACAUUAUAAAUGACUUUAUGACUGUGAACCCUUCUCAGGAAGGGUUCAGUUUGUCAGGGUGUGUUUUGAUUUCACAGAUUCCCUGCCAAAGAGUACAAAAUAUAUAAAAGUCAUUCUUCUGUUCUAAAACAAGAUUAGAUAGGGAACUGUGGUUUUCUUUAGUUUUGUUUUUUGGGUUCUGUGUGGUUGGUUUUGGUUUUUUUUUUCCUUUUUUUUUGUGGGUUUUUUUUUUUUUUUUUUAGUAACUUUGAGGGGACAGUCUUGAGAUUGUGGGCGUUUCUUGUUUGUUUGGGUUUUUUUGGUUGGUUGGUUUUUGGUUGGUUUUUUUUAUUUAAAUUGAGGUUAGUUAAAGUAUAUUUUUAAUAGCCCAUGUUAAAAGCUAGACUACCUAAACUUUCCCCCAGUGUUAAUCUGGCUACAUCUUAACAUAUCUGCUCCAUUUUACUGAUUUGUUCCAGAACAGCAUUUCAUAUUCUAUAUAAAGUAUUAAUCUGCAGGAUCAAAAAAUUACUUUGGAAAGGUACUCUAAGAAGACUGGAUAAUAUUGUCAGGCAGUUUAAAAUCCAGUAAUCGUCUGCUUCAGAUUAACUUCUGUACAAACUUACAGGAUUUGUAACUUCUAGCUUUUGCAAAAUUAUGCCAACUAUAAAAUCUUUUCUGAGUUCUGAUUUUAAUACUUUCAAAGUACUUUAUCCAUCCACUGCUGUUUGUUCAGAAUGCCAUGAGCCAAGUUCAGGAAGAUCCUUUAUCUUGAAAUCUGAGCUCAUGUGAUGUAUUUAAUGCUUUUGUGCCAUAUUUCAUUCUAGUUGCAUGUUUUGUGCCAGUUUUUCAUUCUAGUUGACAGUGGGACUUACUGUAGCUGCUGAUGCUAGGAAUUGACCUUACUUUUUAGGUGAACCUGAGCACAGUUUUGGGCGCCUUAAUUUCUCAGAAAUUAACUUAUGCAAACAAAUGGCCUCUCAAGUUUAUUUAAUCCUUUUUUUUCCCCUGUCCACAUAUGAACCACCAGCCUUGGCAGUGGAGGGUUGCUUGCUUGUUUUUACAUACAACAGCAAUGUAAUAUGUGCUUUCUGUGUGUAUGUUUAAAUAAAACCUUUUGAAAAAGUGGCAAAAAAUAGCCCUGUGGGCUAUCAAUGGAAAGGUAAUUUACUUUACAAUUCAUUCUUGACAAUUAGUUUUCUAUUUGAUCUACAGACUAUUUACUCUGUUUAAAAUAGUAACUCAAAACUGAAGACUGUGUUAAAAAAAAAACAAAAACCAAAACAAACCAAAGCCACAGGAAAAAAAACCCCAAACCCAAACUGCUAGAACUAUAUAUAUUAAAAAUGUAAAAAACUUUAAAAUUUAAUGGUGAGUGAGAAUGUAUUUUGUUACACAAAGAAAAUCUUGGCUAGGAAUGGCUGAAUGGCUCAAUGUGUUGGGUUUUUUUGGUGGUUUUGUUUUUUUUUUUUAAGUGUAGAAAAAUGUUUAUUUUCCAUUAUAUUGGCAGCCAGAACUUUGUAGAAAUGCUCUGUCUUUGUAGCUGUUUUGUAGCAAUGCUAUGUAAAUCUACAUGCUACUGGAUGCUUGUUGGUGAAUACUGUUGUAUUCCUAUUGUUGCUGAUACAAAUGAACUUUUAUAAAGUGAAUUACUUUGUACAUGAUCAUAUUGGCCUUAGGACUUUUUAACUUGAGGGCUUAGGGUGGGCAGAGAUCACACAUGCCUGCAUGGAACAUACUAAUAAAGAAAACACCCCUUAGAAAAUCAAACUGAAAAUAGUGCUGUUUUUAAGAAAGGAAUAAAGACAAGACAGUGUGAUCAUGAA